AACGGAAUCCUGCAUUUAUCCUUGAAGGUACGCCUCUGAUACUGUGGAUAACCGCUGUCAGACCAAGACGAGGUGUCGAAGAAGUACAUCAUCCCGACGUUCCAACCUUCCGAACUAGUGCUAGAACGAAACGGGAAAACGGAGUCCAGCGAUACGCUCAGCAUCCACUGAUAUGGAUCAUCAAUAUUGUAUUUUGUGCUACGACCGUUGGCACAUCUCCAGACUCUAUCCUCCGCGCUACCUCAAAGGGCAAAGCCGGCCCCACACUGAAAAUGACGUGCAUUACAACGCAUGGAAAGCACUGGUCAGUCUGAGCGUAGCACUGCGUCAACCUGCAAGCCAAGGUUCAGCAUUGGCCAAAAGUCACAAUUUGCGAGUUUGUACUACCUAUGCCAAUGCCGAAAGAGGCGGGCUUGCGCAAAAAAGCAGACUUUUCAGACAACUCUUACCGGUUCUGAUGAGGGGCAUGAAGAUGACCUGGAUCUGUGAGGCUUCAGUUCUCGGUUUGCAGGCUGAGAUCCUGCGGGUUCAAGCGCAUGGACACACAGAGUUACGCUCAUGGUCAGAACCGACUCUAACAAUGGCGCAUGUUGAAGUUUUAAGAGACCUCCCCACAACUUGUCUUUGUCUAAACAUCGUUUCGAGUCUCCGGUUCAUAUGUGUGUGGAUCCAGAUUUCGGUUCGAGUUUCCUGAUAAACAUCAAGAGAGCACGCGAAAGGAAGAUUGCGGGAUACUGGGCACCUUGCCCCGGCAUCUGCAGGUCAUGCUUGCUUACGGUCAAAAUGGGUCUGGUCGCUUCCAGACU